AUGGUCUUGCUGAAGCUAAGUUGUUCUACUUGCCAGACGACGGUGAACUGCAACGACUCGAAUAUGUCACCUACGUCAAAAGCUGGCGGGGGUCCCAGAACAGCUGAAUUAAGCAGCACAUCAUACGAUCACGACUACCAAGAUGCAUACGAUGCCCCGCCGCCUCCCUACGAGCUUCACUUCGCUGGCGAAUCUGUCGACAGUUCAGCGGCUAUCACAGGUAUACAUUCCAACCGCAAGCAGAAGUGUUGUGAAGUAGUCAGAUUUUGCUUACGAACUAUAGGCGACGGAAGGAUAUCCAUCUCGUUUUCAUCCAAGAACCCUGAGCAACUAGCUUCUCUCCUUCCACGAUAUUCUCCAUCCCCGCCGAUUGUGCAAGAGGAUCCGGAGUCCCACUCUCAAAAGCCAGGGCCAGCAUGUCCGCGUCUCAAUUUGGUUAUACAGGUAGUGGGAAGUCGAGGCGACGUCCAGCCUUUUAUCGCCUAUGGUUCGGCUUUGCGUCGGUAUGGUCACCGUGUUCGCCUUGCGACGCACGACAAUUUUGCUGGCUUCGUGAGAGACUCCGGUUUAGAGUUCUAUCCUAUCGGGGGUGAUCCGGCUGAUUUGAUGGCGUACAUGGUUCGUAAUCCCGGUCUCAUUCCGUCUUUAGAGUCACUUCGUGGCGGGGACAUCGGUAGAAAGCGUCGAAUGAUGGGAGAAAUGCUACAGGGGUGCUGGGAGGCAUGUUUCCGUCCAGACCCUUUGACCAACGAGCCCUUUGUAGCCAAUGCUAUCAUCGCCAACCCUCCCAGCUUUGCGCAUGUUCACUGCGCUCAAGCACUUGGAGUUCCAGUUCACAUCAUGUUCACAAUGCCUUGGUCAGCCACCAGGGCUUUCCCUCAUCCACUAGCCAACCUGCAGAACAACAAUACGGAACCGUCCACAGCAAAUUGGCUUUCGUAUGGAGUGGUUGAGACGAUGACAUGGCAAGGGCUAGGCGACGUCAUAAAUGAUUGGCGUCGAAGAAGUUUAGGUCUAGACAGCAUCCAGGCAAGCAUGGGGCCCGGUAUCACGACCUACCUGAAAAUUCCUCACACAUAUUGUUGGUCUCCUGCGAUUAUUCCAAAACCUGCAGAUUGGGGCCAAGAGAUCGACGUCUGUGGCUUCUUUCUGCGGGAUGAACCUAUCUACAACCCUCCAUCGGAUCUAGACACCUUCCUACGCGCUGGAACUACUCCGGUUUAUGUAGGCUUUGGAAGUAUCGUCAUUGAUGAUCCACAAAGGUUGACCAAUGUCAUACUCGAGGCGGCUAGUAGAUGCGGUGUCCGUGUCAUUAUCUCUAGGGGCUGGAGCAAACUUGGAGGCAAUAAUCCAAACACACCCCAAGUAUUCUAUCUUGGGGAUUGCCCGCAUGAAUGGCUCUUCAAAAGGGUAUCGGUGGUAGUGCACCAUGGUGGCGCCGGCACGACUGCUUGUGGCUUGAUCAAUGCCCGACCAACAAUCAUUGUACCCUUUUUUGGGGACCAGCCUUUUUGGGGAGGAGUAGUAGCCUCUAUUGGAGCCGGUUCGAAACCAAUCCAACAUAAGACACUCUCCACCGACAAACUUGUCGAUGCUUUGCGGUACUGUCUCUCAGAUCAAGCCCAUCGCGCCGCUGAAGAGGUUGCACUGAAGAUGCGUAUCGAAAAUGGGGUCGACAGCGCUGUCCAGUCCCUUCAUCGUAACCUGCCAGUCAACGCUUUGAUAUGUGAUGCGUUACCGCACCUGUCUGCCACCUGGUUGUACAAAAAGAAGGGGCACGUUGUGAAGCUAUCCGACCAAGCAGCAGCGACGCUCCUCUCUGAAAAGAAGAUGAAGAAGUCAGACCUGGAGCCCCUACGCGUCCGAUUCUAUGACACCGACGUCCAGCGUUGGGAUCCGUUGACGGGAGGCGCCUCAUCCGUGCUUGGAACUCUGACAGAUAUGACAGUUGCCUUUGGGGGUACCUUCAUUGAUCCCUUCAAGGAGUACAAGAAGCAUCGUGAGCAAUCGCAAACAGAUGGAGCACAAGGCUCGAAGGCAAGUGCUAGCGGAGCUGCGGCUCUGGCAGCCGGGAAGAGUCUUGGUAAAGUAUAUGGAGCAAUGACCAAGGGAGCGCUACUGGACAUGCCGCUGGCGUUUGCGGAAGGGUUGAGGAAUGUCCCAAAGCUUUACGGAGAGGAAGCCGAUGACUAUGGUAAGGUGAAGGACUGGAAAAGUGGCGCCGUGGUUGGCGGAAAGGCACUGGGAUUGGGGCUGUACAACGGAGUUUCAGGACUGGUUACAGAGCCGUACAAGGGAGCAAAGGCUGAAGGUGCCGUAGGCUUCAUGAAAGGUCUUGGUAAAGGAAGCAUUGGCCUCGUUACCAAGUCGGGAACAGGCCAGUAUUGCCCGGGAUCCAGAGGUUCGAAAAAGGACUAA